CCUGGAGGUGUCACACUGAAACUCUUCGACUGGCGGUGAGGGGAAACAGAGCAGAGAGGCAGCUGUCUGCAGACUGAGUUCAUAAUGUCGGGCAGAAAGCCCCGGUCUGUAGCAAACCCUCUGGAGUCUGCGAUCACCACACCGAGUGAGAAGAUACUGAAAGAAUGCCACACUUUAUAUGUCGACAGCGAAAACGGCCUGGUGAAGAUUGCCAGCAGCCUCGGAGUUCGGCUCCUGCCUCCCAGAAAGAAGAUCAUUGUGAUGAUAAUGGGGAACCAUUCUGCAGGGAAGAGCUCCUUCAUUAACUGGUACGCUGAGGAGCACAUACAGAAAGCAGGUGUCGCCAUCGAAACUCAGGGAUUCACGUUUGUCACAAGUGGUCGCAAAAGAGAAUCAUUGACGGGCAACGCAACGCUUCAUCUCUACCCUCACUUUCGACCAAUCCUUGAGUUCAAAGGUGUUAUGGACUACCUGUCUGCUGAGAUCUCCACCUCCAAGCAGAAGAAGUUCAGCCUGGUGACAUUUGUGGACACGCCAGGUCUGGUGGACGGAGACAUGGUCUACCCUUUUGAUGUCAACACCGCCAUUACGUGGUUGGGAGAACAGGCCGACUUGGUAUUUGUGUUCUUCGACCCAAUGGGCCAGGCGCUUUGCAAACGCACACUCAACAUAGUGGAGAAGCUGAGUGAGACAUGUGGAGAGAAACUGCGGUUUUACCUCAGCAAGGCAGACGAGGCUGGGAAGGACACAGACAGACAGAGGGUGAUGAUGCAGAUAGUCCAGGAGCUGUGUCGCCGUCCAGGUCUCAACAAAUGUGGUUUUGAGAUGCCUACGAUAUACAUCCCCAACCCACAGAAACCGAGCCGCUGUGUGAACCAGAUCGAUGUGGUGUGUGAGACCAUCGAGAAGACCAUCAACCAAGCCGUGCAGAAGACCCUGGACCAGCUGGAGAAAGACUGUGACCUUAUUUGUUCCACCAUCAGCAGCAGGCUGGAGCAGGACAGGGCCCAUGUGACUCGCAACAAAAGCUUCCGUCUUCACUCGUUUUUAUGCGGCGCUCUGGGUAUUUUCCUUCCUGCGCUCUUCAUCCUCAGUUUCAUCGUGAACACUUUCUCCCACGAGCAGAUGGACGAGCUGCUGGGUGAAGGGCCAUCUAGGACCCUCUACAUUUUUACAGGAAUAGUUAUUUAUUUAUGGGACUGGAUACCAGAAGAUGGACAAGUGGUGUUUGUGAUCGUUUUUGGAGCUUUUUGCUACCUACUGCUUUUCCUAGCAAAAUAUUUUGCAGGCCAAGGGAAUAAGACUCUGACGAAGAAGGAGAAGAGGACGAUGGCAGAGUACAGCAAUUACAUUCAGGAUAUCGUCAAAACCAAGAAGGGGAAAUUGUAUGAUUGGUACCUGCAGCAGUGUGCAGCAGAGUCUGACUUCUGAAUCAGUCGUGCUUCUAAACAGACGAUCAUCAGCCAGGUGAUCGGGUUUCUGUCUUCUCAGUGUGUAGCCUCUCAAUGCAGCAGAUAUCACUGCCAACAUUUAUCAUCUCAAAAGAGUUUUGAUCAAAGAUGAAGUGCCUUUUUUAAUCAGUACAGGAGAAGCUGUGAUUGUUGUUGUUUGAUGUAAACAAAUGUAAUAAUGUGAAUCGAUUUUUAUAUCCUCGAUUUUUCUAGUACAAUGAAAAGUUGUUGCCGGCAGAUAAUGUUUACAAAACCGCAGUGGCUCUCUGCCUGCACAAAAUGUUUUUAUGAUGCCCUCUAUGAUCUUAAAGCUCUCAUGUAGCACCGUCCAGAAGUCUGUCUAGUGUUUUUAUAAAGUACCAUAAUGUAGUAAUACUACAGCAAGCAAUGCUGUGAUUACACAUAUGCUCGGACAAUUUCUCCAAUAUUUUCAUACCAAUAAGAAUCCACAGUGUUUGUUCUGUCGUGUGGAGUGUGCUGCCUUCAGAUAUUUUUGGAAUAUUUUUACAUAAGCCAUGGGAGAUCUGUGAUUUAGGUACUCUUUUACAAGAGUAUAUGCAAACUUGUCAGUAAAUGAGCACUGAAGCCUUCAUGUUUUAAAGAAAUGUGCAACCUCAAUCUAGUUUUGUGAUUACACCAUGUAAUGCCUCCAAUCCAGUGUUAGUUGAUAUGUUUAUAAUAUUUGGGAUGCUUUUACCCAAAUAAUGUAGAAAAACCUCUACAGGCUGUUUGCAUUAUCAUUGUGAAAGCUGUCAGUUGGCGUUGUGUGUUAGGAACCUCCCAGGUUUCGUCAUCCUGAAGGAACAUCUUUGUUUUUGUGACAACUUGUGUGUGCACAUUUAUCUGUUCCGUGGCUCAACAAACGAGAAAUGUGUUUUUGAUAAAAACAAUGUAUGGAAUGAAACUUCUGAUAAACCUGCAAACCAUCAAAUUAUUAAACAUUUUCUACAAAAUGUUA